UUUUUCAGACACAAAAGAUGCUUCGCCUCGCCAGAAAGGGACUUCAGACCGCCGUCGUCAGAUCUUACGCCAAGGACGUCAAGUUCGGAGCCGAAGGACGACAGGCCAUGCUCGUCGGAGUCAACCUGCUCGCCGACGCCGUCUCUGUCACUAUGGGCCCAAAAGGAAGAAACGUGAUCAUCGAGCAGUCGUGGGGAAGCCCAAAGAUCACAAAGGACGGAGUCACCGUCGCGAAAUCCAUCGACCUCAAGGACAAAUACCAGAACCUGGGAGCCAAGCUCAUUCAAGAUGUCGCCAACAAGGCUAAUGAGGAGGCUGGAGACGGAACCACCUGCGCCACAGUUCUCGCCAGAGCCAUCGCCAAAGAGGGAUUCGAGAGCAUUCGUCAAGGCGGAAACGCUGUCGAGAUCCGUCGUGGAGUCAUGAACGCCGUCGAAGUCGUCGUUGCAGAGCUCAAGAAGAUCUCCAAGAAGGUCACCACCCCCGAAGAGAUCGCUCAAGUCGCCACAAUUUCCGCCAAUGGAGACACCGUCGUCGGAAAUCUCAUCAGUGACGCCAUGAAGAAGGUCGGAACCACUGGAGUCAUCACUGUUAAGGACGGAAAAACGCUGAACGAUGAGCUCGAGCUUAUCGAGGGAAUGAAGUUCGACAGAGGAUACAUCUCGCCGUACUUUAUCACCUCUGCGAAAGGAGCUAAAGUCGAGUACGAGAAGGCUCUUGUCUUGUUGAGCGAGAAGAAGAUCAGCCAAGUUCAGGAUAUUGUGCCGGCUCUUGAGCUCGCCAACAAGCUCCGCCGUCCAUUGGUUAUCAUUGCCGAGGAUGUUGAUGGAGAGGCUCUUACCACUCUUGUUCUUAAUAGACUUAAGGUCGGACUUCAAGUCGUCGCAAUCAAGGCUCCAGGAUUCGGAGAUAACCGCAAGAACACGCUCAAGGAUAUGGGAAUUGCGACGGGAGCAACGAUCUUUGGAGAUGACUCGAAUCUCAUUAAGAUCGAGGAUAUCACAGCCAACGAUCUCGGAGAAGUCGAUGAGGUCACCAUCACCAAGGACGAUACUCUUCUUCUUCGCGGGCGUGGAGAUCAAACAGAGAUCGAGAAGCGAAUCGAGCACAUCACCGAUGAAAUUGAGCAAUCGACGAGCGAUUACGAGAAGGAGAAGCUUAAUGAGCGUCUCGCCAAGUUGAGCAAGGGAGUCGCUGUGCUCAAGAUUGGAGGAGGAUCUGAAGUUGAAGUUGGAGAGAAGAAGGACCGUGUCACCGAUGCUCUGUGUGCCACGCGUGCCGCUGUCGAAGAAGGAAUCGUUCCAGGAGGAGGUGUUGCUCUUCUCAGAUCUCUGACAGCACUCAAAAACUACAAAGCAGCCAACGAGGAUCAACAGAUCGGUGUGAAUAUCGUCAAGAAGGCUCUCACUCAGCCAAUCGCCACAAUCGUCAAAAAUGCCGGUCUUGAGCCAUCGUCGAUUAUUGAUGAAGUCACCGGAAACAGCAAUACAUCAUAUGGUUAUGAUGCGCUCAACGGAAAGUUCGUUGACAUGUUCGAGGCUGGAAUUAUCGAUCCAACUAAGGUGGUUCGCACAGCUCUCCAAGAUGCUUCAGGAGUCGCCUCACUUCUCGCCACAACCGAAUGCGUAGUCACCGAAAUUCCAAAGGAAGAAGCAGUUGGUGGACCAGCCGGUGGAAUGGGUGGAAUGGGUGGAAUGGGCGGUAUGGGAGGAAUGGGAUUCUAAGCUCUCAAUCUCUCAUUGAAAUAACGACACCGAUGGAUUGAUUUUCUCUCUAAAACACUGGUUUUUGCUCAAUUUUGUCGUUUUUCCCAUCAUUUUUUCCCCAAAAAUUUCCCCAAAAAAAUUAUGAUCUUUUGUGCUCUGAGCCAUUUGUUUUUUUCUUGUUUUACGGCUCUUUUUCCCCUUUUUUUGAUGAUAACUUUUCAAUGGUGUUUUUUUUUUUAAUUUUUUCGCAAUUUUAGGACCUCAAUUUUUUUUAGUUUAGUGUUUUUCCCCUUGUUUUUAGAGUAUAAUAUAUAGAAUCUCCUUGUUUUUUUUUUCCGUUUUUUUCUUUGUUUUCACUCUCCUCCCCACCCCGUUUUUCUCUAUAUAAUAUCACAUUUAUAAAUUAUAUUUGUAU